UCUCUUUGUGGCAUUUCGUCGAACACUUGUACCCUAAAACCAUCAUGAAACUCCUUCGAUCCUUCUCAUCUCUCAUCUUCCUCGCCGUCUUCAUCGCCGGCGUUGUCUCAUCCUCCUCGUCGGAACACGAAGAUGCACUCACCGUCUACGAUGUCCUGCAACAGUACGAUUUUCCGGUAGGUCUUCUACCAAAAAGUGUAACAGGAUACGAGAUCAAUCGAAACACAGGAAAAUUCAAGGUUUAUCUUAAGGAUACCUGUAGUUAUAGCGUGGAAGGAUAUCAAUUGAAGUAUAAAUCCGUCAUCACAGGUGUUAUAAGUGAAGAUAAGAUCUAUGAUUUGAAAGGAAUCAGUGUUAAUGCGCUCUUGUUCUGGUGGAAUAUUCAGGAGGUUCGUCGAUACGGCGAUGAACUUCAGUUGUCAGUUGGGAUCGCAUCGGCUUCGUUUGGAAUCGAUGAGUUUUAUGAAAGUCCGCAGUGUGGAUGUGGAUUUGAUUGCUUGAAUGGAGAAAGUUGGAAGAAGAUGAUGAAAUUGAAUCGGUUGAUUUCUACCUUUCUAGAUUGAUUCUCAGCUCGAUCUAUCGAUCGAUUGAUUGAUCUUCAGGUGUGUAGUUAUGAUUUUCAGUAGAUUUAUUCAUUGAUCCAUCUCUGUAAAAUUGUAUUAAUUGAGCAGUUCAAGAUGAACCUUAAUUAUCUGUUCAAUAAGUUGAAAGAUUUCAUCUUAAUCUUAUUGGUAGUCUGAUUUUUAACCUAA